AUGUUAUUUAAUAAAAUUUAUUUCUUCUUAUUAAUAAUAACUAUCAAUGGAAUUCAUUUAUAUAAAGAAGAAAUUAUUCGAGCACAUCAUACAUAUGAUAAAUAUCAAUUUAAUAUUCUUCAUCAUUUAUCGGGGAUCGCUCCUUAUUUUGAAUCCAAUACUGAUGAAUUAAAUCCUGAUCCACCUGAAGGUUGUAAAGUAGAUAAAACCGCUUAUUUAAUUCGUCAUGGAUCAGUUUAUGUUGAUGAUUAUGAUUAUGAUUAUAUAAUAAAUCCAUUUUUAAAACGUUUAAAUAAAGCAGUAAAAUAUGUCGAUUUUAGUAAAUUACCCAAAUUAUCUUUUUUAAAUAAAUGGACAUCACCAAUAACAAAUCCGAAGCAACAAAUUGAACGAUUAACAAAAUCGGGUAUAUUUGAAGCAUUAGAAUUAGGUAUGAAACUUUCAUAUCGUUAUGAAAAACUUUUACCGAAAGCAAAUCAAACAUCAUUUAACAUUUGGACAUCAUCAUCCAAACGAACUAAACAAAGUGCAUUAGCAAUAAUUCAAGGUCUUUUUAGUGGAAGAAAAUUAAAUGGAAAAGUUAUUGAUAUUCCCGAAGAUAAAAAACGUGGUGCAAAUACUUUAACACCAACAAAAUCUUGUCAAAAAUAUAAUGCAUCAAAAGGUUCACAAGAAGCAAAUAUAUGGUUACAGCAUUAUUCAAAAUCAAUCUUAAAAAAAUUUAAUUCAAAAAUUUUUAAUUGGAAUUUUAUACCAAAUGAUAUAUUAGCUAUGCAACAAUUAUGUGGAUAUGAAACAGUUAUACGUGGAUAUUCGCCAUUUUGUAGUUUAUUUACAACAGAAGAAUGGAUGUCAUUUGAAUAUUAUUUUGAUAUUAAAUAUUAUCAUGAAAUUUUCUAUGGAAAUUAUUUAUCACCGUAUUUAGGUAUGCCAUGGGUUAAAGCUACGACUGAUCUUCUUUCGAAUGAUAUAUUGAAUAAUCAAAAUAUGUAUUUAACUGUUACUCAUCGAGAGAUGCUUCCAGUUAUUUUAGCUGCAUUAGGUUUAUAUAAUGAAUCAGAAUAUUCAAAUGAAAAAGUAUUUCCACUCGAUGAAAUAAAUCAUGAACGUAUUUGGAGAGCAAGUAAAGUCAUUCCGUUUUUAGGUCGAGUUGCAUUAGAAAGACUUAAUUGUUCUUCGUCUCAUUCGAAUGAAUUAUUUAUAAGAAUAUUAGUAAAUUCAUCAGUCAAACCAAUACCAGGAUGUACUCAAGGACCGGGUGAAUCGUGUCAUUUAAAUCAAUUUAUUAACUAUAUUAAUAAACGUUAUCAUUCAUAUAAAGAUUUCACUGAAGUUUGUCAAAUAAAAAAAACGAAUCAUUCAAUUGAUCAUUUAACUUUUUAUAAUAAAAAACAUUAG